AUGGCACCAAGCUUGGUGACAUCCUCAGUUGGCCAUCUGCCAAUAUUGCAGCCAAGUCCCGUGAAAGCACUCGCAACCAUCAUCCAUCAGUAUCACGAGGAUCAAACACCACAGUCAACAUUGUUAACACCACACUGGAAUACACUUGUUGGACAAGCCCUCGAUGACCUUGCAUCUUCAUCAGUAUCAUUUCUCGUUUCCGACACUCCCAUUACCUCCCAAGAUCAGCUCCCUGCAUUUACACCAACUUCGUUCACACCUACCCACAAACAAAAACAUGCGGUCCUUGAUCAUCAACCUGAAACAGAACAUGAGCAUGAAUGUCAUGAUGCGUUGCGAGAGGCAUACAAGCAUGAAGAUUAUUACAAGGGGGCCUUGUAUGGGAUGCAGUCCACUGCAGUGUUGCAGGAAAUGUACUGCAAAACAUUAUUGAGUCAGCUGGCUGCACAGGAAGAGAAGAAGUUAGCAAGAAAGCGAGAGAAAUUAGUAGGCGACAGACUACCGAGACUCCUCACAGGAGACAAAUUUUACCGCUCGGUUGUUGAUCACAACAAUGCGGCAGAUGCAGAGGUGGCAGCACGCGAAAGCCAUCAGCAAGAGAGAGAUGAGCGAGCGAGUUUGAUGAAAGCAUGGAAAGAGGAGGAUGCAAAGCGGCUGGAGAGAAAUGAAGUGCGCAGGCAAGAAUAUAAGGAGGAGUUGAGGCAGUGGGAGGAAGAGCGAGCAAAGGCAAAGUUGGAGAGAUGA